AUGAUGCUAGGUUCAACGAAACAUCCGGAGGGGAUACCUCUGCACCCGGUGCAAAGGCACGCCAGGCGUCGUGUCCUCGUACUGCAGUUCACGGUUACUUCCCUGCUCUUGUAUGCGGCCAUCUCAUGCUACUAUUCUCUGACAUCCCAUGCGCGGUCACCUGUAUCUACGACAUUCCAGGAGGCGCAGCAGUGUACCAUUGACAACCUGCACUCUGAUUUGUCCUUCCUCGACCCCGCCGUACCGAUUUCUGCGGGAGAGUUUCUUGAGCGCAGAGAUCGGCUCGCGCAUGCUUUAGUUGCGUCAAAUGUUGAUGCAUUUGUUCUGGAACCCGGCUAUACUUUCCAGUACUAUGGCAACAUCUCACAGGUCGACUGGGAACCUUGGGAGCCCGAGGAGCGACCAUUUCUCAUGGUAAUUCUACCUCAUGUGUCUUCGUCAGGCCAAGUGGGCGCUAAAACGGCCUUCCUAUCACCUCACUUCGAAGAAGGUCGCGUUCGGAUGCUCGGAAUUCCGUCCAGGGAAGAAGACUUGGACAUUGUCAUUUGGGAAGAACACUGGAAUCCUUACGACACGCUGCUUAAAUCCCACCUCUUUGAUGGUCGUCAGGGAAAGCUUAUGGUUGAUGAGGAAAUAUUUCGUGACUUCAUUGUCAGAGGACUGGACGCUGCUGGAUUCCAAACUGUCGGUCUUUCGCCGGAAGUUGAACUUGUGAAGCAGCAGAAAAGCUCGGCAGAAGUCGAAUUGCUUCGCGUCGUGAACACUGGGACUGUUGUGGCUGUUCGAGCCAUGCGGCCUUGUUUAUUGUCUGGACUCACCGAAGACCAAGUCACAGAGAUUUUGAAUUCUGCUCUCUUGUCCAUCAACUUUGGACUCUUCUUCAACAUUGUGUUGUUCGAAGAACAUGGCGCACUGCCACACGGCGGGUUUGUCACCGGGUGGAAGAAGCUCACUCCUGAGAGCAUGGUCGUCAUCGAUGUUGGUGCCCAUUAUCUGGGCUAUAGUUCGGAUAUCUGUCGCAGCUUCUUUAUCGAUCCACCAAAGCCACAGGCUCUUACUCUGAUAGGUUCUCUACUGAAAGCUUGGAUGAAUGGCCCGAGGGAAGAAGAAGGUCUCAGUGAUGCUUCUGAGCUACGUGCCGAGAAGCUCAAGGUGUGGGAUAUCGUUUUGGAGGCACAGUCAGCUGCCGCCGCCGCUUUCAAGCCGAAUAAUACAGCAGCCAGUGUUGACAUUGCAGCUCGCCAAGUCAUCGAGAAUGCAGGGUACGGAUAUGGUUUCACGCACCGUCUAGGCCAUGGUAUUGGUAUCAAAGCCCAUGAGUCUCCGUACUUGAACAAGUGGAACAAAGAUGUCUUGCUCCAGCCUGGCAUGACAUUCACAAACGAACCUGGAAUCUAUUUGGAAAACAGAUUUGGUGUCAGACACGAGGAUAUCUAUCUGGUCAAAGAAUCGGGGGAGGCAGAAUUGCUCACUGGUCGAAGAGCAACCGGACCAUAUGAUCCAUAG